AUGCUAGACAAUCUAGUAGCAAUGGAACAGCGCAGGCCGCCCGAAUACAUCAUAGAGGUCUUCGCAGAUCCUUCCUCGGUCAAAGAUGUCGUGAGAGGAAUCUUGCAUACCAUCUUCUUCCACCGAUUCUUCCCCGCUAUUCGGCCCCGGACGCGCGAUGUUCUAGAUCUUACCUUACCCGUAGUUGAAGAUGUAGAGUUGGAGACCUUGAUCGACCAGAGGACGGCGGCGCUCGUGCAACAAUUAGAUACUAGCUCGGAUAUGAGAACGCGGAAUUCCGGAGUGAGAGGGUCGAUGGCUGUCCAGUUCUUUGAAAAGAAGCGCCGGAAGGCCUGGUCAUUUAUGAAAGCAGAUGAAGAGGUAUGUUGGGAGCAAUGGACGUUAGAUGUGACGCUGGCAACGCCGAGGACCGAAACAGAGAGAGCGAAAGUCCGAAAAGCUAUGGAGGCUAUGCUGCUGAAGGCCGCCAUGAAGAUCGUGACAACAGUGAACCGAGAGAAAGAUCACAUUCCACCCAUCACCACGAGCGAAGCAAACCCGUUCCCCUACCAGAUUGUGAUUAAUCCGAAGGGCGAUGGAUGGGGAACACGAAUGGGCAUUUUUUGA